AUGGGCCCUCCUCCAAGUGAUGAUGUUAAGAUCGUAAUCAUGCGAACCGUCGGUGGUGAGGUCGGAUCUGCCUCUUCCCUUGCUCCUAAGCUUGGACCACUCGGUCUUUCCCCCAAGAAGGUUGGUGAGGAUAUCCAAAAGGCUACCUUGGACUGGAAGGGUUUGAACGUGACUGUCAAGUUGACUGUUGUCAACCGUCAAGCCACUGUCUCCAUGAUCCCUGCCGCUUCUUCUCUUGUCAUGAAGGCCUUGAACGAGCCUGUUCGUGACCGCAAAAAGGUCAAGAACGUCAAGCACGAUGGAAACAUCACGCUUGAUCAAGUUAUUGACAUUGCCAAGACCAUGAGAGAGCGAUCCAAUGCCAAGAAGCUUGCUGGAACCGUCAAGGAAAUCUUGGGAACUUGCAACUCCAUCGGAUGCACUGUCAAUGGAGAGUCCCCACGUGACAUCCAAUCGCAAAUCGAUGAUGGUGAAGUUGAGAUCCCUGAAGAGUAA